AAAAUAGUGGCAGACCCUCAACUCAUUGUUAAGGGGGUUUCCAGGUUUGACUAUUCCCAAGGAUCUUAUUUAGGAAACUGCUGGUUUCUUGCUUCAGUUGGAGCUUUAACCUUUCAGGACGAUGUCAUGGACCAGGUCAUGCCAGAUGGCCAGUCAUUUGGUGAAGAUUAUGCAGGGAUAUUUCGCUUUAGAUUCUGGAGGUUUGGGAAAUGGAUUGACGUCAUCAUUGAUGACAAACUGCCAACAAUCGAUGGCAAGCUCAUUUUUGUUCAUUCAAAAACAUCUAAUGAGUUUUGGCCUGCCUUGCUGGAGAAAGCUUAUGCCAAGGUGUGCGGCUCCUAUGCUGACAUGCACGCUGGUCUUGUGUCUGAGGCGCUGUUGGACUUCACUGGUGGCGUCCAUGUGCACUUUGAAACAGCAAAAACGUCUUUUGAUUUGUGGAGCCUGAUGAACCGUGCAGCAAAAGCAAAGGCCCUGAUGGCCUGUGGCACCUUUCUGGGGAAAACAUCUGCAAACACAGUAUUACCCAAUGGCAUUGUUCAAGGCCAUGCAUAUACAGUGACUGGGGUUUACAAGGUAACAUGCCAGAAAAAAACAGUUCAGCUGGUGAGAGUGUUGAACCCUUGGGGGAAAGGCGAGUGGACCGGUGACUGGAGUGACAAGUCAUCGUUGUGGGACAAAGUGAGUGAGAAGGAGAAAUCCAGGUGUCGUUCUUUGGCCAAUGACGGAGAGUUCUGGAUGUCAAUGGAGGACUUCACCAAAAACUUUGAAGACAUUGAUAUUUGCUGCCUCAGUCCUGAUUUUCUGGACAGUUCCUCUGAAUGCAGAUGGACUUCCACAUGUUACAAAGACAGCUGGGUUGAUGGGACUACAGCUGGUGGCUGCUUCAAUAAUAAAGACUCUUUCUGGACGAACCCUCAGUUUCGGGUGAAGAUUGAGGAGCUUGAUAAGGAAUGUAGUGGUCAGUGCCCUGAAAACAUUCUGGUGUCCCUCAUGCAGAACCAUGAGAAGAGAAACAGAAGUGAAGUUUCUAACUAUGCCAUUGGCUUCGAUGUUUUUGCGAUUCCACCAGAGAUGAAAGAUGUGGAGCUCCCGGACAAGUUCUUCUACCGCAAACGCCCCAUUGCAAGUAGUGGGAACUUCAUCAAUGCAAGACAUGUGAUGAAAUUCUUCAAGCUUGAACCAGGAGAGUAUCUCAUUGUACCGGCCACUUUCAAUCCUAAAGAGAGUGCUAAAUUCAUAUUGUCCAUCUUCUUAAAGAGUGAAUCUCAUAGGAGAAAUGAGAAACCUGAGAUGACAUAUGUAUGAAAUGACCUAUCAGUGAAACUCCAGAUAAAUGAAAAGUCACGACUGCAGUGCUGACAGUUUCAUAUAUCAGUUCUAUAUUCCCUGGGGAUUUUUGUUGUUCACAAGCAUUAAUGUUUCUCUUAAUCUAUGGUUAUUACAUGUAAUAUCUGAAUUUGUGAACUGUGAAUAUAAUGUUAUUAGUCACAUUUAUUGUUGUUUACAUGUAAGGUGUUUGAUUUUCUGUCAUAUUGUAAAGUUGUGUUUGGGUCAGGUCAGUCAGUAUCAUAAUGACACCUUGUUAAUGCCAUUUCAGUGAGAGCCCAUCAUGUCUUCAAAAUUAUAUAUAUAUAUAUAUAUAUAUAUGUAGUAUAUAAUCGUAUAAACCAAAGCGACACAAAAGUUCCAAUGCUAAUAAUAAACGUUUUUC